AGUGCAUCCUCUCAAACUGUAGAAGCUUAGGAGGGGGAAAGAGAAGGGACCAAAGUAUAUGUGACUUGGGAAUGAGUCUGAGUGGCUGAAAUAGUAGAGAUGCUCCCAGAGAGAAGCAGGGCUGCUUGUUGAUUGGUUUGAAUCCUCCCAGGUGAAAUAUCAGUGAUUUAACUUCAGCUCCGACCUGAGGGAGCCCUGGUGUGGAGGGGGCGUGGGACCAGGAGGCUCUGGGACAAACCAAGCCCCAGCUGCCCCCAAGACGCACCCCCAGGGAAUGGAGCGAGGUGGGGAGAUGGCCUUGACCGAGAGGGAGUGAGGCCAGGAGGUCCCAAUAAACAGGAAGUCCUUACCGGAGACGCACACCGGGAAGAGGACUCAGAACGAGCCGAGCCUUUGCGUCUCCAGGUUGGUGGUAACCUUUUAGACGAAGGUUGGAUGUGGUCAAACUCACACUUUCAAACUUAAUACUGAUCAGGGAGAGGGGGGCUGUGGAUCCAGAAGGAUGACCAGCAGGGAAAACAGGCAAGUUGCUGCGGGGAAGAGCUGUGACUGACUCCGGGACGACCAUUUCCACAAGAAUAUAAAGAAGACGCUGCUGAUAGGAUCUGAGAGGAAGGAAGCAGUGCCUGGUGGCAGGGCUCUGCAGAUGACAUUAUAAAUUGUCCUUCUAGAGACCGGCCUCCCCGACGGCUUCCAGAGAUGGAUCGCCUCACCCUCCUCUUGGCAAUUCUUUAUGUGUACACAGCGCCAUGUGAAGAGAUUUUUUGGGACACGACUGUUAAACUUGCCAAGAAUAUGACCCUAGCAUGUGUGUAUCCAUUAGCGGACACUGUAACCCAGACGGAGUGGUUCAAGAUUAAGACGGAGAGAGAGUCGAUGGCCAUUUUCAACCCUGCAUACCAUGGGAUCGUAAGAGAGGCCUAUGUUGAUAGGGUCUACUUCUCAAAUCACACCAUGACCUCUCACGACAUGACCCUGUCCUUCCACAAUGCCUCUGAGGUGGACGUGGGCUUCUAUUCCUGCUUCCUGCAUACCUUCCCACACGGAACCUGGCAGAAGGUGAUACGGGUGGUCCCGCCAGACAAUUUUGAGGAUGCUGGGCCACCAAAUAGCCAGAUGGUCUCAGAACCUGGAAAAAACGUCACGCUCACAUGCGAGCCUCGAGAGAACCUUCUGUUGGAAGAAGUGUCAUGGGAAAAGAUCCAGCCCCAGCAGACUGACCUCUUAAUAAGCUGCAACGUGUCCCAAGGUAGAAGUUACACAUCCAAGUACCCAAGACAGAUACUGAGCAACUGCAACAAAGACAUGAAAAAGGCCUUUGUCACCAUACCUAAUGUUAUAGGCUCUGAUUCAGGACUCUACCGCUGUGGCUUCAAAGCCAGCCCUGGGGAAAAAGAAACCUUUGUGAUAAGAUUGACCGUAACCGACGGUGAAACCAAGAACACAUACAUCCCCUUUGUGGCUGGUGGGGCAGUUCUGCUGUUGCUGUUGGUCCUAAUUACCACCAUCACUGUCAUUACUUAUAAGAGAAGGAAAAGGCAACAGAAAAGAGGCCUAUUUAAAGACUUCUGGAUCACACAGAAUAGGGCAACCAACAACUACAGAAAUCCCUUCCCUCCCAAUCCACCAUCAGGUGGUGCAGGAGAGGACAUUUAUGUCAACCACCCGGUCUUCUGUCUUGGACCAAGGGCUAGAGUCUAAGCCCAUCAUAGGAGAAUGUAAAUGAUAACUGUUAUGUACAUGGAUCAUCAUAAAAUGUCUUCCCACUAUUUACUGUCUACCUUGGAUAUUGAUUGAUCAAAUUUAUUUCAUUUGACAAGAAAAAUACUACCUAACCAUAGAGAGCAUUCUUAACAGAUAUGUUUUAGAAAACCUGACUCUAAUUAGCUUAUACAUAAAAGGAAACAUUGAAUCAUGUAAUGGGACAAUCCAGGGAAGAUCAAGCUUCAGGGAAGGGUUAUUUGCCAGGGCUUAAAGAUUAUGUCCAGAAUUAAGAAUGGACGAAAGACAGUUUCUGGAUCCCCUGUCACAGCAUUGGAUCUACUUCCCUUGAUGUUAGCCUCACUCUCCUGCAGGCUCUCUGCUUGUGUUUCCAAGAUGACUGCCGACAACUCUCAGCAAGUCAUAAUCCUUGUUUCUGCCUGGUAGAGAGCAAGCACAUUCGAUGACUUGUCCAUUGUUAAGCCGUCAUCAUGGCCAUAAAGGAAACCAACCCUGAAUAUCAGUUGGAAGGACUGAUGCUGAAGCUGAAGCUCCAGUACUUUGGGCACCUGAUGGGAAGAGCUGACUCACUGGAAAAGACCCUGAUGCUGGAAAGACUGAAGACAAAAGACGAGGGAAGCAACAGAGGUUAAGAUGGUUAGACAGCAUCACUGACCCAGUAGACAUGAAUUUGAGCAAACUCCGGGAGAAAGUUGAGGACA